AUGACUACGGCAAAGGCAGAGAAGACAGUGCACGGGGGAGCCUUGCAACCACCACCAGGUCAAGAUGCGAACGGAAUCACAAUCGGCCAGUGGUCGAGUCCUGUGAUCCCAGAGAAGCCCGUGAGCUGCAUGGCGUCGAACGUAAACAUGGAGGCCUGUUGUCCGUGUUUCCCUUUGGCACAGAUCGAGGUGCGUCUCGGACUCACGUCCUACUUCUGCGCGCUGUGCUGGUACUCGACGGCGUACGCGCUGUUGACUGGGGCCGUAGCAUCCGUGUGGAUCUUUGUGAUCCUGUGGAUCAACUCCCAGACCUAUCGCGACAACGUCGGCGUCACGGGCCGUAUUUCGUGGACUGCAGGGGCGUUCGUUCUGGCGUCGCUGGCGUCAUUGCUGCUCAUCUAUCGCAUCUCGACGCUCCGUGCAACUGUGCGCGAACGCUUCGACAUUCCCGGGUCGAUCCGUGAAGAUCGCGCAGCCGCGUGGCAAGAAACCGCUCGAGCCAUUUCCCAAAUGCGACGACACCUCAAGAUCGAUCAGGUCAAGUGUGGCGCCGUCAGUACUCUACCAGCCUACGUGGUGUAA